GUUAAAAAUACUGACCUGUCCAGAAGCAGAUGUUAUAUGUUUGAAGGAUUAGUGGAAGAGUAUUUAUUUCAUGAUGUAAUCACGGAACUUGCUGCUGGACAGAAGUACUCGACGCUUCCUGUGCAACUUCUUCAUUCACUUCUAGAAUAUGUCCUGUUGGGAAAUACUGAUGCAAUAUUUUAUGCUAAACUUCGUCACAUUUUGUACCUUGUUCUCCAAUGUGAUCCUCCUUGGAAGUCCACAUCUAUGUUAACAUAUUAUUUGGAUCUUCUUCAGUGCCCUAUCUGUAAGAAAGGCACAUGGUCUUUCAUCGAGAUGCUUGUAAGGUCUUGCCUUUAUUGUGAAACCAUUUGUCAUGCAGUCCCAGUUUCAGGGAGAAGAGAUGAACAGAGGAUAGUUCACAAAACAUUAUUGAAAUUUUUCGUUGAUUUAGUAAAAGCUGAAGUAGAGUUUCUUACAAAAAGUUUGGUUGAUGGGACCAAUUCACAGCAUCAGCAAGUCAGGCCACAGACAGUUCUUCUGAAGACCUUUUGGCUGAGGGGUGAAACCUCAGUGCUUUUUACCAAACACAUAAAUAUUCUAGCAGAUUGGGUCAUACUUUCCCACAGAGAAUUGAACAGAAAAAAUGAUAUUUUCAUGCAUGAAAUAGCUGGUCUGUUAAAUGAAAUUCUUGGGACUGUAGUGGAAUAUUGGAUCAUCUCAAGUUUGCAUAUGGACAGAAACAUGUUUCAUCAAAUAGCUGAUGAUUUGGCACGGUACAUUGCCAUUUCAUGUGAUGAUUUUUCAAUAUGUGAAUUAAAAAUGUUCAUUUGUUCCAUAUCAUCCCUCUGGCUUCAAAUGUUUGUCGCAGAAGCAGUUUUUAAAAAAAUGUGUUUAGAGUGGAAUAUAACUAUUUCUACAGAACCUCUUUCUCUUCAGAAAAUAGUCUGUUCCUAUUCGCCUGCUUUGCGAGAGGCAGGGAUGUGUGAGACCAGAAAGACAGAUAAUGCGAAGGGAAAGAAAAAGAAAAUAGGGCAGUGGCGAUGCCCUGAGUCUCAAAGGGCAUUACAGAUGCUAAAUGGUAAUAAGCAGAACCAAGUCAAAGUGCUGCCUGAUCUACCUGACUUAAUCUUUAAUAAGUGCCCUCCAUUGCCAAAGAGGCUUAGAGUGAAAGCAGAAGUUGGGGCUUCAUACCCCAAAGAGAAUUGCCACCCUUUGGCUGAAGAGGUACAUUUUUACAAGAGAAAUGCUAAAGGAGAGACAGCCCUGCAUAAAGCUUGCAGAAGUAACAAAGUGGAGAGUUUGAUUCAGCUUCUUUUUUUUUCUGGAACAGACAUUAAUGCUAAAGACUAUGCUGGCUGGACGCCUUUGCAUGAAGCCUGUAACCAUGGCAGCACAGUGUGUGUCCGUGAAAUUUUGCAGCGUUGUCCAGAGGUAGACCUGCUCAGUCAAGUGGACGGGGUGACUCCUUUGCAUGAUGCACUGUCAAAUGGACAUGUAGAAAUUGGCAAGCUGCUCCUUCAGCAUGGGGGACCAGUCCUUCUACAGCAGAGGGACUCCAAUGGAAAACUGCCACUGGAUCAUGUUGAGUCCAUACCAGUAAAGCAAGAACUUUUGAACAUUGUUCUUCCAGAAGAGAACAUUGAAAACUACUACAAACGCACAGAACAAGAUUUUUGCAAUCAGCAGAGGGAACUGUGGUUAAUUUUAUUUAAUAAGAUGCUGCUGAAUUUUUGUUCCGUUUAUAAUCUGUCUUCACCCUUUACUUUAACUCUCAGAGGGGCAGCUUGUUCAAAUGUACUUCCCAUAAUGGCUCGUGAUAACUGUAAGAUGAAAAAUACAUUUUCUACAGAUUGGUUAGUAGAUACGUAUUUUAGAGAGCUGGAAACUUUUCAAAAGCUACCACAGUUUCUUCAAGAAAUAUCUGCAAACAUGGUUUUUUUCCCUGGAGAACAGAUGAAGGCUUUAUUAGCAACUCUGGAAACUAUGGUAGAGGCAUAUCAGCUCUUUACCUAA